CUUUUAUUAGUCACUAACUCCUCCUACUUUCGAUUUACUGAGUGAUGCAUAUGGACAAAGAUUUGAUCAAUUCAAUUUUUUUAAUGAUGCACUGAUCUUGAGAUUUGUGCAUUGAAUUUGAUCCUGAGAUUUAUACAUUGGGUAUCUGAUCUGGCCGCUGACAUGUGUAUCAUGGACCCUGUCGCAGAGAUACAUUUCUAUGGCUGGUGGGCAUUAGUCUACAUACAGAAACAGUUCAGUAAUUAUUCAGAAUGGAUGUUAUUUCUGAGUAAACUUGGAGACCCUCGUUAUGCAUUCCUCAUAUACUUUCCUGUGGCCUUCUGCCUUAGCCGAUCACGUGGAACACAGGUGUUGUGGGUAGCCUGUAGUGCUGAGUGGCUGAAUGCUGUAUUAAAACUUAUCCUUCAUGGUGAUCGGCCAUACUGGUGGGUUGGGGAGACUUACAAGUACAAAGAAAAGGCAGAAUUGGAGACUAUGCUACCUACACAAUAUAACCUUACCUGUGAAACAGGACCAGGAAGUCCUUCAGGCCAUGCCAUGGUGACAUCAGCAGUGUUCUUUGUCCUUGUAAAGGGCAUAUUGGAUUCCAGACAGAAACACCAAAGCAGAAUCAUGCAGGCUGCUUUAUGGACAAGUUUUGCUGCAAUUAUUCUGGCAGUGGAUAUUUCACGUGUUUUCAUAGCGACUCAUUUCCCCCAUCAAGUCAUUAUGGGUACUUUGAUAGGAAUAGGGAUAGGAGCAAUCAUUAAUAUGGAUGUUGUUGCUAGCCUCCGUAGCAAACAUUACCUGCUGGGAACAAUGGUGGCUGUGGGAGGAUGCAUGCUGACGUACUAUGCCCUGUUGUCGCUAGGUUACGACCCCUUGUGGUCUAUUCCAAUGGCCCACAAGUGGUGUGCUACAUCCACCUGGGUCCACCCCGACACCUCGCUGUUCUUUGCCGUCAUCAGGGACAUCUCCUGUCUGGCAGGAUUUGGAUUCAGUGUAUACAUCUUUGAAAAAAAAUCAUCUGAAGAAAAACCAGGUUCAGUUCACAUCAUGUCAAAAAUUUUGCAGAUUGUUUCAAGCUUGUGUGUGACUCUGAUGUCGGAAAAUAUCAAGCUGCCUAGGGACUCUGAUGCAAUAUUUUAUGGAGCAGCUUUUAUCAAAUUCUUCUUGAUGGUGUUGGUCCUUGUGGUCCAAAUACCUGCCGUUUUUGACAGAUGUGCUUCAAAAUCCAACUGCACCAAGAAGAAGAACUCUUGAGGAAAACAUCUUAAAAUUGUCAGAAAUGGCAAAUUUCCAUUUGUUUAAAUAUUUUAUGUAUGUUUUAGUCGUAGCAAAUAUUGACUUUCAAAUCACUUUGACAUGUAUUGGAUACUGUUAAUGUUGGUGUUCAUUUUUUUCACAAUUUUUGGGUUCUUUUUAUUUACUGUGGCAGUGAUAUACAGAGCUUAAAUAUUGUGACAAGUUUUACACAAUGCCAGUGAAUUAAUGGCAUUUACUACUUUUUUCAUUGUAUUUAUUUAUUGUUGUUGGUUUGUAUACAUGGUAAAUGUGGAUUUUGCUUUACGGGACCAAUAAAUCGCAGGACGAAAAGCAA